AUGCUGGGCGCAGCCAGGCCGAGUCCCCCGGCCCCAACGCUGCCGGCCCCCGCGCUGCAGCGGCUCUACGCCUGGCUGGACCGGCUCCCGCUCAGCCGCCCCAAGCGCCACGUGGCCCGGGACUUCAGCGACGGCGUGCUGCUGGCGGAGAUCGUGAAGCUCUUUCACCCGAGGCUGGUGGACCUCCACAACUACGUGCCCACCUGCAACACGCAGCAGAAGCUGGACAACUGGCGCACCCUGGGCAGGAAAGUCCUUUCAAAGCUGAAGCUCUGGGUCUCCGAAGCCGACAUCCAGAGGGUCGUGGCCAACACGCCCGGAGCUAUUGAGCCCAUCCUGUGUGUCCUCCGGGAGAAGAUGGAGAGCGCUGCUGUCCACGAGGACCUGCCGCUUGCCUUACUGGAGGAGAAGGAGCAGGCUCUGGCCAUUCUGCAGGAGACUGUUAAGGAACCCUGGCUGCCCCCUCCCCUGCUGGUGAGGCAGCACCAGUGCCCUGUUGGCGCUCUGGAGAUGGAGCCACUGCCCACAAGCCCUGGGGAGCCCCGGUGUUUGCUGUCCAACUUCACAGGGCCCCAGCUGUACCCGAUUCUCCAGAUAAAGGUGCUCAAACUGGAACACCUGGUGAGGCUGAAGGACCUGCGAAUAGAAGAGCUCAUGGAACAUGGGGACACAGCCUGGACCCCGCAGCCUUGCCCAGGUUCACCAGGACCUGCUACCUGCAUGGAGCAGGGUGGGCGGGGGCUGCGCCCCAAUGAGCUCUGA